ACUCGAGAGCCGCUCGCGCGGUGCUUUAUCGGCUGCGUAUUCUCGCGCUGUGAUUUAUCUGUUGGCCGCCGUGCUUUCCCGCAGUCCCUUUUUCUUUUGGACUCUCAUUUAAGCGUGCAAACAAUGAUGGCAUUGGCAAGGGGAGAGUUCGUUAUGCACUAUGGCACCUUCUCGGUCUUACUUUCUGGCAUCAGGAUGCAUCUCGAAAGUCCCGCUGCGUCGUUGAUGAUGAUAACUUCCUCCGGGUGGGUUGUCCGUCUCAUGAAACAUGCCUAUUGACAUGUCUCUUUCGCGUCGCUGCAUGCCCAGCUUGUGCCUACCCUGUUCCUCUUUUCUGAGAUGGCUCUCUCGGCGCAAACGUAAAUUUCAUAUAGAUAUGAUCAUGUUCGCUACCAAAGCUCUAUGGACGUGGGGGUUGACGGCUGCUACAGCAUUCAUAUGUUUCCUGGAGGCAUCAUCAGCCCUUGCUCAGGGCACGGCUGAAGGCAUAAUGGCCCCUCCGUCGAUGCAAGGAAGCAAUCUUGGCCGUCGCAAUGCUAGAGAGGAAAUCCCAGAUUUCAUCACCAACCCGCGGCUAGCCACCGGCGCGAGCGUUCGCAACCACCAAGUAGUUGGUACCAGAGCCGUCGAAGAUAGCGCCGUUACCCAGCCGGAGCUUGGAGGGCCCACCGACGCCGAUGAAAGGAAGUUCAGGUUCAAGCGGACGGUAGAUGACGAGUUGUGAAGUUGGCGAGUCGUGCGCUUCGUAGAAGAGCAGUGCACCUGAUAUCCAAAAGCACAUGAGAAAUGGAAUCGGGAUGUUUGUAUUAGCACAGUGCUCGGCAAGGUGCCGAAGUACAUCAGACAUUGCCAAUCAUCCUUUGUUGGGUUCCCGACGUUCGUCAACUUGCACUCUUUUAUAGAAGACAUGGAACACAUUCUUGCAUAUACCUGAACCCGCUUAGUAAAUCACUUUGUUCAGAGAGUAAAUGGCCAUGUUAAUAUACUACGUUAUACAAGACUG